GGAUGCUAUCCGAUAUCCGUCAGUAAUGUAUCGUAUUCGUAGACUAGUUCUCACUUCUACUAACCAUGCUAACUGCCUGUAUUACUUCUCACUCAGUAGAUCUACUCAGGACAAUGUGACUUGUGGUAGAAGGAGUGAUCAAGACUUCAGCAAGACCAUCCGCCCAAAACUUGCCAAAGCCAGGGGAGCUGGUUUUGUAGUCUUUCUUCUCCUCAGUCGUCUUUUAUUGUGAGAGUAUCAAUCUGCGUUGCACUCAUCCAGACCUGUAGGCUGUACUGUAGAUGUUCAAUGCCAGUGUGGAAUUAACUAACUAUUACUUGGGCUGGUUUGCAGCACACUGUCAUGUCGUUGUCCUACAUGUACAUGACUGUAUAACUUAUGAAAUAAUUUGUCCACAACUGUAAUGAGAGCGCUGGCUGCUUGGAUGCAGUGUUAGACGGCAUUCUAUUCUUAUAGUUCUGGCGACAAGCUCUGUGCUGCCGUGAGCAAAGCGUUUCGGUGUGGAGCAGGCGAGAUGUCAGAGGAGUGGAUGUCGCAGCGUCGCCACUUCAGACCUGGGCAGACUGGUCGCUUCAUACCGCACCUGACCUACGGCGAUCUGUACGGAGUUCAGAUGAGAUCUGAUCCGCCGUUUGACUCCACGAAAACACAAGUACGUGAUCACAAGCUGAGGAUGAGACCGAAGACUGACAGUGAUCUUGUCACACAACGGUUCAGUGCUCGGAUGCAGGAUGCCACAAGCUUGCCGUUCUCUACACACGACAACCGUCAUGGACACGAAGACACCGGCUCCCACUUCGAUACGGGUCUCGGCCGGAAAAAGCAAUCCUACGGAAGACGGAUGCAUAUGUCCAAAGGCUUCAAAUGGAGUCCUCCCGAGGAGGGCCUGGGACGAUCUGUACAGAAGGAUGACUUUGUGGUUCGAUCCAAGACCGAGCCAAUAAACCUGACAGACCAAGCACUUCGGUUCAGGCGAUACCCGAAAGUGUAUCCAGCACCUCGUCCCAAGAGCAGUGACUCGUCUACUUCUCUGCCCGCCCUGGCGACGGCGUGGAAUGCAGGACAUGCUACACUACCCACCAGUGUUAUGGCGCAGACACAGGAACCAAGACCCAAGCCAUCCCAGUGGAAAUACUCCACACAUCGCUACCAUAACUAGAUCACCAGCGCACUAUAACACCAUGACAUCAUGGCACUGUGGUGUUCUAUUCAGCCGAGAGCAGCACAAUCAGACCUGCUGCUGAACUGGCGAAUGUGCAGUGCACACUGCACUGCAGAUUGUAGACCAGCAGUGCGGCGGCGUACACUGCAGCGUGUGUAGACAGGUUGGGAUUAGAUUGAACAGCGGGCACUUUAUCAUUUUUAUGAAUACAAAGCUAUGCCUGUAUUAUAAUAUGAUCCACAGCGACAGCGUUUUUCUGAGACACCCACUCUGUUCUCAUGACACAUUCCAGAUCAUAUUUGAAAUCCAAACGGUCUUUGAUUUGCCUUCGAUGAACUUCUUCCAGCUGAACUAUGGAAAAGUAGAGAAUUGUCAGUUCAUGACCCCCCCCCCCCUCCUGUAGUAUUGUCUU